AGUGCUAUAACUUCGAUAGUGAUUUCAUAAUUAUUAAUUUUAAAAGUGUCAGAGCUGUUAAAAUACUAUUGGUGCAAUGGCAAGUGAACAAGACUCUACUUAUAACCAUUCUGCACCUGAAGGUUGGACAAAAAGAGAAAAAUUUAUUCUCUUACAAAGUUUGAAAAUGCAUAGCUCACAUAAUUUAGAAGAAAUAUUACUGAACCUACCAACUAAAACAACAGAAGAAGUGCAAUCAGCUAUUGCCUAUUAUAAACAAAAAGCACUAAGCCGUCCACGUAUUUCUACUAAAAACAAAAAGCCAAAGACAGAUCGUUAUGCUAAAUCGCGUAUUCCUUUGAAUACAUGGGCAAAACUUUUAUCUGAUAAAUUUAAUUUUAAAGACCUUGAAACAGAAACUGCUACUGCACUUAGAAUUAUUGCUGAAUUUGAAACAAUUCCACCUGCUAUGCAAACUGAAGAUAUUGACUUCAGACAAGUAUACCAUUUGCUAGCCAAUGCUUUAGAAGGAAAAUCACUGGAUGAAGACAAGAGGCUAGCUGCAGUAAUUGAAAAAUGUCUUUUAGAGACAGCGAUAAUAAGCAAGUCAUUUAUAAGAAAGUGUACACUUACAAAUAUAAUGGAAAAUAUUAAUUUGCAGGGAGAAGUAAAUAUUGUACCUAGACCCACACAUAUAGAUGUUGGUUCCCUGAUUCGACACUUAGCAUCGCAGAAAGCUUAUAACCCAUUGAACAUUUCUGAUGCAUAUCUUAAGGCAUCAAAAUAAUAUAUUAACCAGAACUUAUAAACUGAAUAAUUAGUGUACCACUAAGUAUAGGUACUACCUGUAAUUAUAAAUUCCUUUCACAAAAUUUGAAAUAAAUAUUGAUAAAAAGAAGAAA